AUCAUUUGUGAAUACUUGUAACAAAGACACUGAUGGCAUCCUCUCUCACAGGAGUCGAUGUUGGGACGUUCAGAAAAGCCCAACGAGCCGAAGGUCCGGCCACCAUCCUCGCAAUCGGCACCGCCACUCCGUCCCAUUGUGUUUAUCAGGCCGACUAUCCUGACUACUAUUUCCGUAUCACCAAGAGUGACCACAUGGUUGAUCUCAAACAGAAGUUUCAGCGCAUGUGUGAUAACUCAAUGAUAAGAAAACGAUACAUGCACGUUACCGAAGAGUUUUUAAAACAAAACCCUAAUAUGUGCGAGUACAUGGCUCCAUCAUUGGAUGCUCGUCAAGAUGUGGUGGUUGUUGAAGUCCCAAAGCUUGGAAAAGAAGCAGCCAUCAAGGCCAUCAAAGAAUGGGGAUACCCGAAAUCGAAGAUCACGCACCUUGUGUUUUGCACGACAUCCGGUGUCGACAUGCCUGGAGCUGACUACCAGCUCACCAAGCUCCUUGGGCUUCGACCUUCGGUACAACGUUUCAUGUUGUACCAGCAAGGUUGUUUUGCUGGUGGCACGGUCCUUCGUCUUGCGAAGGACCUUGCUGAGAACAACAAGGGCGCUCGCGUCCUUGUUGUUUGCUCGGAGAUCACUGCAGUCACGUUUCGUGGCCCCAGUGAGUCACACCUAGACUCACUAGUGGGCCAAGCUCUUUUCGGGGACGGGGCUGCAGCGAUCGUCGUUGGUUCAGAUCCCGACUUGGAUGUAGAGCGGCCGUUAUUUGAAAUGGUGUCGGCCGCUCAAACCAUUUUGCCUGAGUCUGAAGGGGCGAUUGAUGGACACUUAAGGGAGGCAGGGCUGACGUUUCACUUACUCAAGGAUGUUCCUGGGUUGAUUGCUAACAACAUAGAGAAAGCCCUUGCACAUGCAUUUUCUCCACUGGGUAUAGAUGACUGGAACACGAUCUUUUGGAUCGCGCAUCCAGGUGGUCCAGCUAUACUGGACCAGGUUGAGCUCAAGCUUGGGCUCGAAGAACAAAAGAUGAGGGCGACUAGACACGUGCUAAGUGAAUAUGGUAACAUGUCUAGCGCGUGUGUAUUAUUCAUCCUUGACGAGAUGAGGAAGAAGUCGACCGAGGAAGGGAAGACCACGACUGGUGAAGGUUUAGACUGGGGUGUUCUAUUCGGGUUCGGACCGGGUCUUACGGUUGAGACGGUGGUUCUUCAUAGCCUUCCGACCACCGUGCCUACUUCUACGACAUAAGAUCGGUUGAUCUACCCAAAUUUUAUAUUCACAUGAUAGUUAGUUAGGUUGUCUUUCCAUAUGAAUAAAGUGUAUUUCUUUGGUUUC